AUGUCGUUCCACAGACAAAAUUGUAUUGCCUACGGAACGCCUCAGAAGAAGGAAAAUGGGGUCCCACCCGUAAGGGAGUGCAUCAAAAUCGAUGUUUUGGGCUCUGUAGAAAAAGCCAGUCUUUCCCCUGAUCUGGAAGUUCAGGAACCUCCUUCCACUGUGGAUCAACUGCAGGCCUGGAGGCACGAGGCAUAUGACAGGGAAGAGGGGCUUAGCAGGUGUCAAGGAGCUGGGUUGAAAGUCUCCAUCCGGGAAUCCAGGGACAGGCAACAGGAACAGCCUGGCACCAACUCCCCAGGGAGCCCGAGACAGAUUUCUGGUCCUCUCCUGAAGGCCUGCAAGCUUCCAGCUCCUCAGGACCUCUACACUGAGGCAAGAUUCUUAGUGAAGUGGCAUGAGAACUUCCCGUUUCUGCCAUCGAGUCUGCUGAAAGAAGAGUUUAUGGAGGGCGCCGUGCGCCGGAGCUUGUGGCGUCAAUGCGUCCGCCGUGUCCAUGGAGAGAGGCUGAGGUGGCCGAGCUCCGGCCCAAGGCAUCGGGGCGCCGGGACGGCGAGGAUGUCGGCUUCGUUAGUCCGGGCCACUGUCCGGGCUGUGAGCAAGAGGAAGCUGCAGCCCACCCGGGCCGCCCUCACCUUGACACCUUCAGCAGUAAACAAGAUAAAACAGCUUCUUAAAGAUAAGCCUGAACACGUUGGUGUGAAAGUUGGUGUCCGAACCAGGGGUUGUAAUGGCCUUUCCUACACUCUGGAAUAUACAAAGACAAAAGGAGACUCUGAUGAAGAAGUUGUUCAAGAUGGAGUCAGAGUGUUCAUCGAGAAGAAAGCACAGCUAACACUUUUAGGAACAGAAAUGGACUAUGUUGAAGACAAAUUAUCCAGUGAGUUUGUGUUCAAUAACCCAAACAUCAAAGGAACGUGUGGCUGUGGAGAAAGCUUUAAUAUUUGACUCCUCAGGACUACUCGGGCUGUAGGCCGCAGGAGAGCUGUGGAAGCUCUAGGGCUUAUUGAAGAAGUCAUAGGACUGUCACAUGCUUAAGGUUUGUAAUGUAUGGCUGCCUUACAAGGAAAAUAAACUGAUGCAUUUGAAAAUGAA